AUGUCCGAUGGCCGAAGUGACUUUGGGGCUUAUUCGGCUUGUUCGGCAUUUUGCUUCUUCCCGACGUCUAUUUUACUUUCGCAUUUUCUCAGCAGCCGAGAAGAACAGUUUUUCAAUCGUCAGAUAGCACCGACCGGAGGCCAAGAUGCUUCGGAGCUGCCCUCGAAACUGUUAACUGAACAACGGUGGCUUCUGCUUCUUUCUCCGCUUCGAGUGCUUACGGCCCACAGACAGGCGCAGAGAAGCAGACGUCCCUUUUGGCUGGCACAACCUGAGCUUUUGGCCACUCGAUUUGCGAUAAAAUAUUCUAUCCUGCCGCUGCAUGUGCGCGAAUGUGGCCACAUGAGCAUGUAUGACUAUGCACAUGGAUUGUAG